AUCCCAAUUAUGCGUUUUGACUUCUUGUUGUGUUUGGGGUCUGUGUUCAUCACAGCCCAGUCACUAGUGGUUCGUGAUGCUCCACAAGACAUCGUACCACUUUCCAUAGAAGAUGCCGUCCCAGGUAAGGACCUCUACCAAUCAUUUCAAGAUGCGUUGACAGAAGAGCAACUCGACAUCAUUGAAGAGCUCCAAGACCUGCUUCAAGCUAGUCUUUUUGAGGAUGACAAUGUGUACGAAUAUGAUAAAAGAGACCUUGAAUCUACCAUUGAAAGUGUCAUCAACUUGGUCAACCUGUCAGGUGUGGUGUGGACUGCUUUGGACUAUGCGGCAGACCAUCCCUCUUUGAUCAGCUACCUUGCCAAUACCACUGCUUCAUUAAUUGACAAAGGUGCUGAUGCCAAUGUUUCGGGAAUAGUUUCUGUAGUUGCGGGAGCAGCAUCAAACUUGAAUCUUACUGCUCUUAGCAGUUUGGUGCUGCAAUCUGGCUUGAUCCAAUCGACUUUAGAUGGGCUUUUGUUGGAAGAAAAGUACAGAAAGGACAUUUCCAAGAUCAUCUACAAUGUGGUUGAAAAAAACAUUGACUUGAUCACUUUGAUUGCUAGAGAGUUGUUAGCACCUGCCAACAGUAAUUCGAAGAGAGCUGAAAGCAGUUCCCUUCUUGACUUUGUUGGCAACAUUGCUGGUUCGUUUUUGAACUCAAAGAUUUUAUACAAUGGGUUGGGAGAGGUGUUGAACGCUUUGAACGACACGGGAUUCGUAGUCUAUACCGCUCAACGGUUUAUUGACACUCCCGCAUACGUCAAUAUGACAGGUGACUUGAUCAGUGAAGUGCUUUCCAAGUCUGAUAUCAGUUUGAGCAGUCUCACGUCUUCCAUCAAUAUCACUGCUUUGGUUAGUUCAGCAUUAUCAGAUCCAGCUGCCAUCACUGCCAUCAUCGGAAAGGUCUUGAAGGGUGAUUACUCAGGACUCACCUCUGGGCUUUCAUCUUUUGCCAAGCGUUAUAAGCCCGCCAUUACUGGCAUUAUUUCUGAUUUGGAGGACUUGGGUCUCUUUAAAGACUUGAAUAAUGCCAUUUUCCCCAGUACCACUGGAAGCAGCAACAACAAGGAAGUGGUAGCCACCGAAGUGGCAAACUCCACCUCCUCUACCUCCUCAUCUAUACCACUAGCAACGACGUCCGAGUCCGGAACUGGAGGUUUCGUUAUGAAUACCUUGCUUGUGGCCCAGGCAUUUUUCGCAGUCGUUUUCUUCAUGUAAUGAUAUAAUUAUAAUACCAAUGAAAAGUUUCAAUUACGGGAAA